GGAUUUCCCCUCCCACCGGGUCAUUUUCCUCGGCGUGAGGAUUUUGGAAGUGUGGUCAUGGAGGCGUCUGCUCGCUCUCCUUCUCCCCAUGUCAUCUGCGAGGGAGACUGGGCUGUUCUCAAGCGGGGCGACGUAUUUAAAGCGGUCGCCGUGGUGAAGCGAAGAAAAAUUGUUUUUGAAAAACAGUGGUUCUGCUUAGAUAAUGCCAUUGGGCAUGCUUACGGAACAUCAUUUGAAGUGACUAGUGGUGGUAGCCUUCAGCCAAAGCGGACGUUAGAAGAGAUGAAUCCAGAAACAAAAGAAGCUGGUACAGAUAAUCGUAAUAUAAUAGAUGAUGGAAAAUCUCAAAAACUGACUCAUGAUGAUAUAAAGGCUUUGAAGGAUAAAGGCAUUAAAGGAGAGGAAAUAGUUCAACAGUUAAUAGAGAACAGCACCACGUUUAGAGACAAAACAGAAUUUGCUCAAGAUAAAUACAUCAAAAAAAAGAAAAAGAAAUAUGAGGCAGUUAUUACGAUCAUAAAGCCAUCUACUCGUAUAUUAUCAACAAUGUACUAUGCAAGAGAGCCAGGAAAGAUCAACCAUUUGCGGUAUGAUACUCUAGCCCAGAUGUUAACUUGGGGAAAUGUUCAUGCUGGCAACAAGAUGAUAGUAAUGGAAACCUGUGCAGGACUGGUGCUGGGAGCUGUAAUGGAACGAAUGGGAGGUUAUGGAUCGAUUGUUCAGAUAUAUCCAGGAGAAGGACCUGUUAGAGCAGCCACAAGUUGUUUUGGAUUUCCUAAAACUUUUUUUGACACACUCUCUGAGUUCCCUCUCAGCAAAGUGGCUAGCGUUCUGUCUGGAACAUUUUCUUUAACGCCAUUGCCUUCAGUGUGUGAAAAGAAAACACCAGUGGCAGAAGACAAAAAUGGCUCAGGGGAUGACAAGGAACUUUCUCUACCAGAAGCAGACAUGGAAUGCAGUCCGAAAGUAGCUAUGGAGAGCGGUCAACCUGAAGAUCAAGAAAAAGCGGAAUUUGCAUCGGAUGCACUUGAUGAUCAAGCCAAGGGAACAACUCAUGACAAACAAAAGAAACAAGAGGAAAAGAGGAAACAGCUGAUAGCAGCUGCUGCUUUAUUGAAAAACAAGGAUGCUGAUGGUUUAAUUGUAGCCAGUCGAUUUCAUCCAACAAGUUUAUUACUCCUGUUGUUAGAGCUGGUAGCUCCUUCAAGGCCUUUUGUUGUCUACUGCCAAUAUAAAGAGCCACUAUUAGAAUGUUAUGCAAAACUGAGAGAGAAAGGUGGUGUCAUUAAUCUGAAACUUUCUGAAACAUGGUUGCGAAACUAUCAGAUCUUGCCAGAUCGAAGUCAUCCCAAAUUGAUAAUUACUGGUGGCGGUGGAUACCUACUGACAGGUAUCACUGUUAAAAAGGAAAGCAUAAAUACCAGUGACUGCUUAGAUGAGCCAUCUUCUAAAAAGCGUAAGCUUCAAGAACACCAGUAAUGCUUCAAGAAAUUAUGCUUGUGCUCUGUUACUAACUGAAUUUAAAGGCCUAGCGGAAUGCACUUUGUUUUCCAUUUGCAGCUGAAGGUUCUUUUUUAAAUCAAUCAAGUUCAACCAAAUGUUCUUAUUGCCAAUGUCAUUCCAGACUCAGGUCGUCCCCAUAACCUAUGGAGCAUUACUUUAGAACAGGGGUGUCAAACUCGAUUUUAUUGAGGGUCACAUCAGGAUUGUGUUUAACUUCAUAGGGCAUGGGGUGGGCGUGGUCAUGGUGGGUGUUUGACACAGUCUCAAGAUGCGCCUGGAUUUCCCUUCUUUCUUUCCACAGUUCUUUACUAUAACAAUUUUCCUAUCUCUUCUACCAGAUAUUACAGGCAAACAU